CGCUGCGGACUUUUUCGCGCCUGUCGUCUGCUUAUAUUUUGGGAGAUGAUGACCGCCGUGUCAACCAGAUUAGUUAGUCAACCUUUGUGACUCGCUACGUUGUGUUCAGUCAGUGUACUUCUCCAAUGCACGCGGAGUACCAUGACAGUCCGUACGUAUAACAGUUCCGUUACUAUUCUAGCCACUGUAGUUCUGUGGCCGACACUCAAGUUAAGCGUUGACCGGUUACCAUGACUACCACAUGCGCUGCAGAUCGUAGCGUAAUGGUGUUGCGGUGGUUGCAAUUGGGGUGACACGUACAGGCAGGCAAAUAUGUGGCAACGUCGGAAUCAGCGGCCCCUAGCCACAGCACGUGGUGGACGACAGACAGCUUCCUCGGCCGUCAAAGGCCAAUGUUUUGAGCAGCAACUGGCAGCCCGGCACAUGAUGCUACACUGGUUGGCAACCCAGCAAGCCAGUGCUGCUGUGGACACAGGUCGACCAUGCACUCGGCCCAGCAAGCCUGUUAAGCAGGCUGCAUGCAAAGCAGAGGUUCGUGAGCAAAGGCACGGAAAGCAGGCUAGCAUCACUGCUCCAGCUAUAGCUGCCAAGCUGUCGGACCUGCUCGGCCGCUGCCGUCCUAUGGGAGUGGCACCAACCACAGAAGGCCGAUCAAGUGUCGCACACCUGGCACAGUCACGCUUGGCACAGAUGCCUUGGUGCUACCAAGGUCCCCUGCGACACGCAGAGCCAUCUAGCCCGGAGACAAUACAACACGAUCAGCUGGACCUUGAAGAAGAAGACGAAGAAGUAGACCUCAGUGGCACUUUGGAAAGGGGCGCUCCUUACCUAGACUUCCUGGCACGGCUGACUGAACACCUAGUUAACCAACCGGACCUCUCCAAUGAAGCCCUCCAUGGUGUCUGUGAAAAGUACAUUGCCAGGGAAGCUGCUCGGCUUGACCAGGAGAUCCUAUGGAACCUGGUGUGGGAGCUGUUUCCAGAGCUGUAUCAGUGGAAACACCCAUUGUCCUGAAAUGUCGGAAGCAAAGCCAUAGGUCAGCGAAAGGUUCAGCAGCACUGCAGGGGCUCGGUUGUCCAGAACGAUGCAGUUAUUCCUGGUGGCUAGCUGCAAAGUUCUGGCCAUUCCCAUCACAAAGUCAGGAAUGUUGUGCUGCCAGGACACCCUGUGGGACCUCUUGAUGAAAACUUUUUCCGGAGAUGCUACGGCAGGAACACCGGGCAUCCCGAAGGCUCAAGAGUGAAGUCGCAAAUCAUCGAAAGGCUUGGCGGCAUCACGGGGGCUUGGAUUAUAAAGAGCAAUAUGUUUAUUCCUUAAGACUAGUGACAAAGUUCUGAUUUUACGCUGUCAAGUCACGACUGCUGCACUGCCAGGCCUUUGAGCUUGCGGUAGAGGCACUGCUUCCACUCUUCUUCGGGCACAUCCUUGGCCCAGGGAGGCACGUGCGAGCUGGGCAGUUCGAACCCUGCCAUAGCUGCCUGGAUCGCUUGAAUUUGUGCUGCACAGUGAGGCACAUGAAAAAUAAAAUGUCAGUGCCGAGUAGAAAAGGCACCAUGUUUAAGAGAUACUAAUGCUUGGAAAGCCAAAAGGCGGCAAUGCUGCAUCGGAGUUCCCGCACUUAGCGCGACAUUACUGAUUUUGACAGCGUUUCCUCGGGUUCAGCUAAAUUUUUGGCGGUACAGAAGGACUACAUGGUAUUCUAACAAAGCCAAACACUGCACUUGGAAAGUUUCAA